UGCAAGAUGGUUUGCGUGGAGAUCGUAGUGAAACUUUUUCAAUGGCUAGUUUCUUUCCAGAAUUCAUGCAAAGACGAUUUGCCUUGGAUUUGGAAAGCUCUUUACAUGUUAAUGCAUCUCCUAUGCCAGGAAGUGCGAGGGCUGAGGCCGAAAGACGAAGAGCUUUAGCACUUAAAGCAUUAGACAAACGUCUGCAUUCAACAAAUAAUAAACCAAACUAUGGUCCUACAUUUCCAUUUCCAUUUAUAUUGCCAGAGUCAAAACGUUCCGCAGGAGAAUCUGCCGCGACUUCAACAAUAAAUAGUAAUUCAAAAACUUCUAAUAACCAUUCAUCAUCGCAUUUGGAAUCUGUAACACCUGGUGUCUCUUCUGAUUCGGUUUUGUUUGAUGCAAAAGAACAUUUGGAUGAGAAAAAUUUAUAA